AUAAUGACUUAAUUAGUCUUUAUCUACUAAUCUACUACUCCUAGUCUCCUACUUUCUUUAGCUCACUGUUUUUUCCAACUUUAAGAGCAAAACUCCAUUAAUUUCUCUGAAAAAUUUCAAAUUAAGGCAAAGGAUUUCCCGAUUUCGAUUUUUCAUGCUCAAAAUUUUCCGAUUUCGACAAGCUUUUUCGUGAUUAUUUGAAUUAUCGAUUUAUCAAUCAAAUCAAGUAACAGAAGCGUUUUUGUUCGAUUUUGAGCGUUUUGAUCGUAUAUUCUUGAAUUUUGAUUUGAUUUUCGGAGACAAAUUGUAAUUUUUGAGGCUUUACUAUGAUAAGUAGCGAAGCUAGUAGCAGCAAUGGCGGUGGAGGCGAAAGUGUUGUUGUUGACGUUGGAAGGCGUCGAUCAACUUGUGGUUACUGCAAAUCCGGCCGUCGUACCAGUAUUAGUCACGGUAUUUGGGCAAACAGUCUUACAGUUUAUGACUAUGAAGAGCUUCUGGACCGCGGUUGGAGAAGAUCCGGUUAUUUUCUUUACAAACCUGAGUUGGAAAUGGCGUGCUGUCCUGCAUAUACCAUAAGAUUGAGGGCUCAAGAUUUUUCUCCUUCUAAAGAGCAAAUUCGGGUUUCCAAACGAAUGCAAAGGUACCUGGAUGGAAUGUGGGAUGGGAAAAAAGAACCUGCAGACAUAUCUGGGAACUCACAUGGACGCACUUACGAUAGUAAUUUGUCUGACUCAUCACGACUGGAAUCAGGAGGAAGCAAUGAACAAAAGACCAAGGAAGAAGAGCUAAUGGGUUAUUUAUCCAAACAAAUAGAUAAUGCAUUGCAGUCAUUUGUUAAAGAUAAAAAUCUACCAUGUGAUAUUCAAUAUCCACAAAGUAUAGUAAAUAAGAUUUCACAGACCAAAAAGAGACGGUUAGUUAGGGGAUCAGAAGAUCUCUUAUAUACAAGCAAUAUUUCAUUUCAGAUAGCGGCUAUAUUGAGACGAGCAAAGUCAGAUGAAAAUAAUGUCUUGCUGUCAAGGGGGAAGAAAGAAAGCUUAGACGAGCAAAGUUCGAUGACAAUUAUGGAUGGGUCUUCAUAUGAUUUGUCUCCCAAAUAUAUUUCAGAAGAGUUGACCAAUGUUCUGCAGGAUCUUGUAAAAGUUCCUGAAAUAUCAAUACAAGCUUGCAAUGGACACUUAAACUUUUACUCUGCAGUAAAGGGGGGCCACUCUGAUGAAGAGUUUCAUCUAGUUGCAGUCUCUAGAGAAUCGUCAGCACAAAAAAGUAAAGAAUGUGACGUGAUACGUGAUAAACUUCAGAGAAAGGAACGGAGGCUUGAGAUCCACUUGAACAGGUCUGCUUUUGAUCCUGAAGAGUUCUCACUGUUUAAAAAAUAUCAGAUUAACGUGCACAAUGAUGAACCGGAUGAAGUCACAGAGCAGUCAUACAGGAGGUUUCUGGUUGAUUCUCCGUUCAUAUAUGUUCCUCCAUCUGGCAAUGAAACUGUUCCUCCUUGUGGGUUUGGCUCUUUCCACCAACAGUAUAGGAUUGAUGGCCGACUCAUUGCAGUUGGGGUGAUAGAUAUCCUUCCUAAGUGUCUGUCGAGCGUAUAUUUAUUCUGGGACCCUGAUUUUGCCUUUUUAUCCCUUGGUAAAUACUCCGUACUUCAAGAAAUUAGUUGGGUGAAAGAGAACCAAUGUCAUUACCCUAGUCUGCAAUACUAUUACCUUGGCUAUUACAUUCACUCCUGCAGCAAAAUGAGAUAUAAAGCAGCUUAUUGGCCUUCAGAACUUUUAUGUCCCCUUCGUUACAAGUGGGUUCCAUUUGAUAUUGCAAAACCGUUGCUUGAUAGAGCAAAGUAUGCUGUCUUGUCAGAUUAUAUUGACAUGCAAAAAGAGAAUUCCUCAUCCAUCCAAGAAUCAGGAAAGUUGUUGGAUCAACAGAAUGACGACCUUGGUGAUGGAGACUUGAAUGAUUUUUGUGUAGGUGGAGAUGAUUUUAAUUCUUCAGACGAAGAAAUGUUUCCUGAAAUCAAUGAACUUGCUGCAGAUCCGAUCCAGAAUGAUGUUGGUCGCCUUCAGCUUGAUUUGAGGGGAACUCGUGUAAAAUACAAGGAUUUGCAACCAGGUCUUCGUCCAGCUGAUCGAAUGCCUCUGGAAAAACAAUUAUCAAGAUUCAUGACUGUUGUUGGUCCAGAACUCUCGGAAAAAAUGGUUUAUUCUCUUGGUUAGCUUUAUUAAUCCUAAAAGCCUGGUAUGCUGUGGGAGGUCCUAAUUCUAUUGAUCGUGUGCCAUGGUGUCAAUACGUGAUCCUUGUAUAGGAUGUUGUGCAAAUCAUCAUUAUCAAUUCAUCGUACCCAGUAGACCCCGCUCAUAAAAUGUUGUGCAAAUGCUGAAACAAAUUUGUAAAGUAAUUGCCUUUUAAAAGGGGUGCAGCAAACUUUCUGCUACUUUCUUGGAGAGGUCGGCAGUUCAAUAUUGGAAGCUCAUCUGGGGUAGACAUCGGUUGGGUGAGUUUUAUGGUAUAUUGUAGUUUUUUUAAGAAAAAAGAAUCUGAUUUAGUCGACCCUGUGUCAUUUGGAUUAAGACUUUGGUUUUAUUGUUGUCUUAUUAGAGAUUAAAUGUUUUAUCUAACACUAAGGAUGGUUAUAAUUCGGCUUUUGAUUAAUUUUCUUACUGUUGAAGAAAAUAAUGUGUACCAUAUACCUAAUUUAUGGCAAAGCCUUCUGUUUUGAUGGCUUGAUGCUACCUUCCUUGACGCAGAACAAA